AUGACCGACGAAUGCUCUCUUCACCAAACUCAAUUAGCCGAGCAUAAGGCUGCUUCCCAUGUUUGCGUAAAGAGUGAUGACGAAAUUAGCAAAACUGUUCUCAUCGAGGGAAAAGAAUUUAAUCCUACAAGAAAGAAAAUUGAAGCAAUGAUUAAUGAUGAAAAAACAAAAAUAAAUGAGUAUUGUUCAUCACAUCAAGAUAAUUCUAUAAGUCAUUUAACUAAACACAAAAAAACCAACUCCCCUUGUAGCAUAACUUGUCCUGUAUCAAAAGAAUUACAAAAACAAAUUAAAGAAUGUGAUAAAUGCCAAAGUCCUAAAUUAUUCGUUCAGCAAUUAAAAAAACAAAUCAAAUGUGAGCAAGUGGUAGACAUAUUAGUUAGCCAAUCUGAAGAAGAAAGAAAAAAUUCAACUUUGCUUUUAAUCAAAAAAGAUAACAGAGAAUUAGAAAAAUUAGAACAAGAAAAAGAAGACAAAGAACAAAACCUGAAAGAAGAAAAGCAAAAAAUAGAAGACAAAAUUCUGAAGUCUACUUUGCCAUUAAAAAGCAAAAAAGAAGUACUAAAAGAAAUAAAAUUAAUUAAAGGAUCAAAAAUUUCCAAAGAAUUAGAAAGAAAAAUUGCCAGUUCUCCGGUCGACUCAACUAUUGGAGAAGUUGCUUUACAAGAACAAGUUAAGGAUUUAAUUAAAAGUGGGGAAACUUACCAGCAAUUGCUUCAAGAAUUUCAAGAAAAAGAGAAUGAGUUCAACAAAUUCAAAGAAAAAACUGAACGCUGCAAAGAUUGCCAAAAAUAUUGUUCCGACCACCAAAAGGAAAUAGAAAAACACAAAACUUGUAGCCAUUGUCACAAAAAUGAUAAACAAAUUCAGCAAACAAAAGAGAAAAUUAAGGAAAUAAAAGACAAAUUAGAAGAACUGAAGAAAACUAAACCCGAAGCCGAAAAAGAAAUUAAGAAAUUAACUAAAGAAUUAAACAAAAAAGAAGAAGAAAACAAAAAACUAUAUCACGAAGCAUUUGCCAACCGCGUAAAAUGCCCAACUCUUAAUGAACUUAAAGAAGAAAGAAAAAAAUGCUCUGGUUGCCAAAGCAAAAUUGAGAAAAAACAUGUAAUUAAAAUAGAAAAUCCUCUUCAACAAGUUUGUCUAAUAAGUGGGGGUACAGAUAAGCCAGAAAUAUAUUUACUAUCCAAAAAAGAUGUUUGCUGA